AUGAGUUCAAGAUCAACAAGGGUUAUUUUUCAAAAUGGAGAAAUUCAAAAAUUUAAUGAACCAAUAAUAGCAGCAGAGCUUAUGUUGGAAUCUCCCAAUUCCUUUUUAGUGAACUGCAGCUCAUUGAUCGUCGGCCGAAGAUUUUCUGCUUUAUCGGCCGACGAAGAGCUGGAGUUUGGAAAUAUUUAUAUAAUGUUUCCUAUGAAGAGAGUGAAUUCCGUUAUUACAACAAAAGAUAUUGUUUCCAUUGGAAAACUGGCACCGGGAACCGAGACAACGGAGGGUAAAUCGCCGGAGAAAGACGGGGUUGGACCGUUAGGUUUUCCGACGGGACAAGAAUUUAGGUAUAGGGUGAAAGUAUCAUGUAGAUCAAGGAAGCCUUUGUUGGAGACAAUUAUGGAAGAACAAGUAAUAAGUUUAAGGUAG